AACGCCAAUCCUUCACUAAACCAAAUGGUUCUCAAAAGGGCAUUCGCUUUGAUCUCUAGUUUCUUCGGCCCGAGAGAGCAUCCGGCGUUAGUUAAGGGAUCUCCGUGUGCUCGUGAGGCAAUCGAAUCAGAUGUUGGGAAGAAAGUAGAGGAAGAGGGAUUGCUUGUUUCUCAAGAAUUUUCCAGUUUGAGGGACGAUGAGGUAUGUUGUGUGUGUUUGUCAAGAUUGGUGGAAGGUGAAGAGGACAUGAGAGUUCUUCCUUGCCUGCACGAGUUUCACAAGGUAUGUGUGGAUAAGUGGUUCGAUGCAUGCCGGACGACGUGCCCGCUCUGCCGGUUUCCGGUGGGAGGAGUUGACAAGUCUCAGGUGGUGGAGUUGCUCACUGAGGAGAUUAUGUUUUAUUUUUCUUCUUUUCAUAGUUCUGGGUUCUAAAAGUUGUGUGGAAGUUGAAAAAGAAACAAUGUUCACUUCCCCCACCAAAUCCUUGUGAGAGAAAAAAAGACAAAGAGCCAAAACCAAAUCAACAACAUUUUAGGCUAUUUGGUCAGAGCAAUGUCCUUGUACUCAAGUUCAAAUUCUUGUCUUCGUCAUAUUAGAGUUUGAAUCUCCAUCUCUAUAUAUUAGAAUAGUUUAGAAUAUCGCAUUAUAAAAUGAAACAACAACGACAUGUUGACACAUAACAAAAAUGAAAUAAAAUUCAAAAAAAGCAUCCCCGCUUCCUUGCACCCGA